AUGUCGAGGGUUUCCCAUGGUGGUGCGUCAGAGGGGACCAAAAUCUUACCUCCUGACAAUCUGAAUAUCCUGGACACUACAGAGACUGUUCUGGACUCCCAAAGACGGACGGCGCCACCUAUCUGCCGGCUUCCAACCGAAGUCCUCAUCAUGAUCUUCGAAUACAGUCAUCAAUUCUCUCCUUUCGAAGCUCCUUGGCUUUUGAGCGGCAUUUGUCGUCUGUUUCGACGCAUUCUCCUUAAUACGCCAACCGUAUGGAGCUCCUUGGAGCUGAGUCCUGCAGCGCCAGGUCCAACAAACCCAGGACCAGAUAUAAUGAAACUCUGGCUCUCAAGGUGUGGCGGCGUUCCCGGGAAAGUCAACAUCAGUCUCCCGCCUUGGGCGCCAGCUGCCGCUAUCGAGGCAGUUUGCGCCAACACCAUUCCAAUCCGUUUCCUUGCCUUCUUCGAUCACUCAAAGUUUCUUCUCAAUGAGUUCCCUCAUCUAGAGGAGCUUCGACUUGGUUCGGCAAUGUUUUGCAGUACGGAGCGCCUACGUGGCAGACGAACGGAUCCUUGGACGAUGAUGAUGACAAACUUGCUCCCUCCUGCGGAGACAGAACGUCGUUGUCUCUUGGAUCAAUCACGGUUCCCCAAACUGCGUCGGCUUCACCUUCAUUCGCCAUGUUUCAGUACUAUGGGACGCAUAUCGCAAUCCAAGGGUUUCCCACCUUUAGAGCAACUAUGUAUACACGCACUAGGAGACGGUUGGGGCGACAUCGUCCGUCCUUGUGCAUCAAGCUUGGUCAAACUCAGCGUUCGAUUCGAAAAGCUCGACGUAAUUCCGGCUAUAGAAUCACUCGGAAUGAUCAAACUCCCUCAACUCACACACCUCUCCUUCAUAUGCUCUUCAGUGGUAGAUUGGAGACAAUGCAACGUUCCAACAUUUGUGACUCCCAGGUUGGAGUAUUACAUGCAAGAGGAUUUCCUCAACUCUGUAUUAAUCCACAAAGACGUUUCCAACGUGAAAACCCUGGUCAUCCACGGCUUUUUUAUAGGAGAGUGGGAUAGGUUUCCUUCACUGGAGACACUCGAAUUACAUCAAUCAAAGCUGCAAACGGAGUCCACUUGUAGGGAACUAGUGACCAACCCAGCCCUCUGUCCCAACUUCGAGUUCCUUAAAGUUCACAGACCUCGCAGCGAACAGAAUGACAAAAAUCCUUGGCCUGAUUUCUUUGAGAACCGGACGAACACAAGUAAGAAGAGAAUCAUCUGUAACAUCGAUGUCCAGGCAUCGUAUCGAUCCGACAACGGCGACCUGUUCGGGUGGGACGAUUAUUAUGAACCACAUUAUUCCUGGGAAGACUCGGAUUUUAGUGGAGUGGACUACCUCGAAGAUGAAGAUGACUACUAUGUUCAGGAUGACUUAUAG